AUGCCAAUCCUAGGACAACCACUCCACACAAGCAUGGUUCGAAAGUUAAAGUAUCACGAAAAAAAGCUUUUGAAAAAAGUCGACUUCAUAAAAUGGUCGGCUGACAACAAUUUGCAUGAACUUAAAAUAAUGAAAAAAUUUUACAUUCAAAAGCGAGAGGAUUACACUCUUUACAAUAAGCUUUCGAAAAAGAUAAGAGAUAUAGCAGAGAAGCUGAAAGACCUUGGCGAAGAAGAUCCUUGGAGAGCUGAAAUAACGAACAUGCUGCUAACAAAACUGCACAACAUUGGAUUGCUGCCAACCAAGGCCUCCCUCGCUCUCGCCUCUAUAGUCAGUGCUUCUUCCUUUUGUCGUCGGCGGCUUCCAGUUGUCAUGGUCCGUUCACAUCUAGCGGAAACUAUAAAGGCUGCGGUAACUUUCAUUGAGCAAGGGCAUGUGCGUGUUGGACCAGAUACUAUUCGGGACCCCGCCUUUUUGGUCACAAGGCCGAUGGAGGACUAUGUGACGUGGACUCCCGGAUCACGUAUCAAGAAAAAGCUGCAGGCGUUUAACGACAUGCAGGAUGACUUUGAGGAGGAUUAG